GCGUGCAGUUCGUGAGGAAAAGCGGAAAACCCAAGGAAACUCAGAGCGUUGCAUGCCCCGCGAUUCGGGGCUCGUGUCCGUAUACGUGUGUACCUGUGUGCCCGCGUGUGCGUGUGUGUGUGCUAGCUUGAAAGGGAAGCCUUAUGAAAUCCAGCAUUUAGCAAAAAAAAACAAUUACAUAAAAGAACUCUAUAUAUAAACACAUAACUUACAAUAAACCCAAAUCACUUUUUGAUACCAUCAACCUCAUAGACCUUGCCUGUCUGACCCUUCUCAGAGGUAGCCGAAAGAUGAGAUUGAAAUGAAAAUCCGGCAGAUCAAAUCACAGUAACCGCUCGAUCGUCAAAAGUAACCGAAAGAAAAACUAGAUGAAAAUGCGUAAUCACAAGGAGAACGGAAAUGGCUCCGAAAUGAGCGAGCCCAAGGCGGUGGGCCAGAAGAACCUGGCCAAAAUGGAGCCGGAGAACAACAAUAAGAUUUCGGUGGUGUCCAAGCUCCUGCUGAAGGAUAGCAAUGGGGCUAGCAGUCGGAGUGCCAAUAGCAACAGCAAUGCCAGCUUCAGUUCCGCAUCGGUCGCCGGUUCUGUACAGGAUGAUAUGCCGCACCACAAUAGCAGAGAGCUAAGCCAACUAAGCCAGCACCAUGGCUCAUCGAUGGAUCAGUGCGGAUUAACCCAGGCCGGCCUCGAGGAGUACAACAAUAGAUCCUCCUCGUACUACGACCAGACGGCCUUCCACCACCAGAAGCAGAACUCCUAUGCCCAAUCCGAGGGCUACCACAGCUAUGUGUCAAGUUCGGAUUCCACAUCGGCCACGCCAUUUCUGGAUAAAUUACGUCAGGAGAGCGAUCUUCUGUCGCGGCAGUCGCAUCAUUGGUCGGAGAACGAUCUGUCCUCCGUCUGCAGCAACUCGGUGGCGCCUUCGCCCAUUCCCCUCCUGGUCCGCCAGUCCCACUCCCACUCCCAUUCCCAUUCGCACUCCCAUUCCCACUCCCACUCCCAUUCCCACUCCCAUUCCCAUGCCAACUCCUCCUCCUCCUCCGCCUCCUCAUCCAGCUCCGGCAACAACAAUAGCAACAGCAACGGCAGCAGCAACAAUACCAACAACAACAGCUCGGAAAGCACUUCCUCCACGGAAACCCUCAAGUGGCUGGGCUCCAUGAGCGAUAUAUCCGAGGCGAGUCAUGCCACCGGCUAUAGCGCCAUCGCCGAAUCGGUUUCCUCCUCGCAGCUGAUUGUUCACAGCUCCCGGGUGCUGACCCCCAAGCGUCAUCACAGCGAGAGCGUGCUGGCCCCGGCGAUCUCACCCACCGAGAGCAGCUCCUCCAACAUGAUCUCCGAGGAGGAGGAGGAGGAGGUGGAGGUGGGUGGCGACCAUGGAGCCGCGGUGGUGGUGCAGCAACAGCAGCAGCAGCAGCAGCCUCUUCGCAUCCAGCAUCGCCACAGUCCCAGCUAUCCACCCGUGCACACCUCGAUGGCCCUGCACCACUUCCAGUCGCACCACCAGCAGCAGCAGCAGCAGGAUCACCAGCACCACCAGCGCCACCACUCCAACCAGUCCAAGCUGAGCACACAAAGUUCCUUGCUGGAGUUGGCCUCGCCCACGGAGAAACCUCGCUCCCUCCUAGGUCAAUCCCACUCCAUGGGCGAUCUCCAGCAGAAGAAUCAUCAGAAUCAGCACCUGGGACGAUCCACUGGUCAGCAGCACAAGUCGAGCAUUUCGGUGACCAUUUCCAGCAGUGAGGCCGUGGUCACCAUUGCCCCACAGCCGCCGGCUGGAAAGCCCAGCAAACUGCAGUCCAUGUCCCUCGGACUGAAGCCGGAGUCCCAGGCCCUCAGCUGCAGUACGCCCAACAUGGGGGAGCAGAGUCCCACGAAUAGCAUCGAUUCCUACCGCAGCAACCACCGCCUCUUCCCGGUGAGCACCUACACCGAGCCGGUGCACAGCAACACCUCGCAGUACGUGCAGCAUCCCAAGGCGCAGUUCAGCUCGGGGCUGCACAAGUCCGCCAAACUUCCUGUGAUAACGCCAGCGGGGGCCGCUGUGCAGCCCACCUGGCACUCGGUGGCCGAGAGGAUCAACGACUUCGAGCGCAGCCAGCUGGGGGAGCCACCGAAGUUCGCCUACCUGGAGCCCAGCAAGACGCACCGCCUCUCGAAUCCGGCGCUGAAGGCGCUCCAGAAGAACGCGGUGCAGUCGUACGUGGAGCGACAGCAGCAGCAGCAGAAGGAGGAGCAGCAGCUGCUGCGUCCACAUUCGCAAUCCUACCAGGCCCUCCAUGUGGAGCGCAAGUCGCUGCCGAAUAACCUGAGUCCCAUAAUGGUGGGUCUGCCCACGGGAAGCAGCUCCUCCUCUUCGUCGACGCGGGACUGCAGUUCACCCACUCCGCCGCCACCGCCACGUCGUUCCGGUAGUCUGCGGCCCAAUCUGCUAAGGCGCUCUAGCUCCGCCUCGGACUAUGCCGAGUUCAGGGACCUGCAUCAGGGUGUUGCUCAGGGUCAGGUGAAGGGGCCCAGCAUAAGGAACAUAGGUAGUGCCGAGAAAAUCUCCUUCAACGACUGCGGAAUGCCACCACCUCCGCCGCCGCCACGAGGACGUCUGGCUGUGCCCACCAGACGCACUUCCUCGGCCACCGAAUACGCUCCCAUGCGGGACAAACUGCUGCUCCAGCAGGCCGCCGCCUUGGCCCACCAGCAGCACCACCCACAGCAGCACCGCCAAGUGCCGCCCGAGCGUCCGCCCAAGCAUCCCAAUCUCCGAGUGCCGUCGCCCGAGUUGCCACCACCGCCGCAGAGUGAGCUGGACAUCAGUUACACCUUCGAUGAGCCACUGCCUCCGCCGCCGCCUCCGGAAGUGCUCCAGCCACGCCCACCGCCCUCGCCGAACCGGAGGAACAGCUUUGCCGGGGCAUCCACACGUCGCAUCGCCUACGCAGCACCACCGCCCACAGUUGCCACAGUUGGAGCCAUUGGAGCUUUGGGAGCCACCAAGGUGCCACCACUGGUGCCCAAGAAGCCGACGAGUUUGCAGCACAAACAUCUCGCGAACGGUGGGGGCAGCAGUCGCAAGCGCCCGCACCACACGACACCGCAGCCCAUCCUCGAAAACGUGGCCAGUUCCAGCUCCGUGGCGCCACCGCCUCCUCUAUUGCCGCGUGCCAGAUCCGCCGCCCAUGACAACGUGAUUGCCAGCAAUCUGGAGAGCAACCAGCAGAAACGAUCGAAUUCGAAGGCCUCGUAUUUGCCGCGCCAGAGUCUGGAGAAGCUGAACAACACAGAUCCCGACCAUGGCAUCUACAAGCUCACCCUGACCUCCAACGAGGACCUGGUGGCGCACACAAAGCCCAGCUACGGGGUGACCGGCAAGCUGCCCAACAAUCUGCCGGAUGUCCUGCCGCUGGGCGUUAAGCUCCAACAGCAGCCGGGAAAAUUGCAGCCAGGAUCGCCGAAUGGCGAUGCCAAUGUGACCCUGCGAUAUGGCUCCAACAACAAUCUGUCCGGGAACUCGCCGGGGGGUGGGGGUGCCACGCCCCCCUACUACGCCAGUGGGCAGCGGUACUCCACUCCGGUUCUGUGUCAUGGAUACGGCAAGAGCCCCAAGCCCGUGACCCCGCAGCAAUACACGAGAUCUCAGUCGUACGAUGUGAAGCACACAAGUGCGGUGACCAUGCCGCUAAUGUCCCAGUCCCACGUGGAUCUCAAGCAGGCCGCCCACGACCUGGAGACGACGCUGGAGGAGGUGCUGCCCACUGCCACGCCCACACUGACGCCAACGCCCACACCGCCACGCCUCUCGCCGGCCUCCUCGCACUCGGACUGCAGCCUGAGCACCAGCUCCCUGGAGGGCACCAUCAUCAAUCCUAUAGCGACACCGAUUCCUAAGACCGAGGCGCACAUCUUCCGCGCCGAGGUGAUCAGCACCACCCUGAACACGAACCAGAUGCACCCGACCACACCGCCCAAGCCCGCGAUGAACCGCCAGGACUCUCUGCGGGAGAACAUCGAGAAGAUUACCCAGCUGCAGUCGCAACUCAUGUCGGCACAUCUCUGUGAGACGGGCCUACUAGGUGGCUUCACCAGUCCCAGUCCCCUGAUAACCAGUCCCACUGCCAGUUUUGUGAAUGAACCACUGAUGACGCCACCACUUCCGCCCAGCCCGCCGCCACUAGAAGAUGAGGAUGAGGAGGUAGAGCAGAUUGGGUCUCCCGAGCCCGAGAUCAAGGAACUGCAGCUGAUGCAACGCAGCGAACUGGUCCUGAUGGUCAACCCCAAGCCCAGCACCACGGACAUGGCCUGCCAAACGGACGAACUGGAGGACAGGGACACGGACCUCGAGGCGGCUCGCGAGGAGCAUCCGACCAGGACCACUCUGCAGCCACGCCAGCGACAGCCCAUCGAACUGGACUACGAGCAGAUGAGCCGGGAGCUGGUGAUGCUCCUGCCGGCAGGUGAUAAGAUCGCCGAAAUCCUGACACCAAAGAUCUGCAAGCCCACCUCGCAGUACGUGAGCAAUCUGUACAAUCCGGAUGUGCCCCUGCGUCUGGCCAAAAGGGAUGUGGGCACCUCGACGCUGAUGCGGAUGAAGUCCAUCACCUCGUCCGCCGAGAUCCGAGUGGUCAGUAUGGAACUCCAACUGGGCGAGCCGAGCGAGGAGCCAACGAAUUUAAUCAAGCAAAAGAUGGAUGAGCUCAUCAAGCAUUUGAACCAAAAAAUUGGCUCCCUGAAGCGUGAGCAGCAGACGAUCGCCGAGGAGUGCUCGGCCAAUGACAAGCUGGGCCAGGAUCUCUUCGCCAAGCUGGCGGAGAAGGUCCGUCCCAGCGAAGCCUCCAAGUUCCGCACCUACGUCGACGACGUGGGUCACAUCACCAGCUUGCUCCUCUCGCUCUCCGAGCGUUUGGCCCAAACGGAGUGCAGCCUGGAAACGCGCCAGCAGGAAAAGGGCGCGCUGGAAUCGAAGCGGGAUCGGCUGUGCGAGCAGCUGGAGGAGGCACAGCGCCUCAAGGCGGAUAUAGAUCGACGUGGAACCAGCAUCGCCGGAUUGCUGGGCAAAAACCUCAGUGCGGACAUGUGCGCCGACUACGACUACUUCAUCAACAUGAAGGCCAAACUGAUCGCCGAUGCUCGCGACCUGGCCGAAAGGGUCAAGGGCAGCGAGGAGCAGCUUAGUUCCCUCAGCGAUGCGCUAGUCCAAAGCGAUUGUUAACCUGGCCCAUGGCUUAUGGCCGAUCGCCAACUUGGCCGAUUCGAUUCUCCCUGCUGUCAACUCAAAGUUGAGAGCCGAUCGAGAGAUUUCACAGGAUCUGCCAGUCCAGUCCGCAAUGUGUAUUAGUUUAAAACGAUGUGCUUAAUUACCACACCCACACUAUAAUGUAUAAAUAUUGUAUGUUCAUUUGUGAUUUUCAACUAGCUAGUAGGUUAAUUAUUCUAUAUAUCGGCCGCAUAGGUGUAAGCAUUUUCUACAUAAUUAUCAAAGCAAAGAUAAACUUUAUGCAUUAAUAAAACUAUGAAAAUUAUUGAAA